AUGUCCAGAUCACCGUCAUUGGGCUCAAGAUCUUACAACUCAGUGCUAGACUUCAGGUCAAAUACCCCCACCACUCCUGUUGGGCCAGCUUCGAAUAAGCUUCUUCCUAAAGGCUGGGUAGUGCAAAAAUUUGGUGGUACCUCAGUGGGAAAGUUUGCUAGUGAAAUUGUUGAUAACAUUGUCAAAGACUUUGUCAAGCUGAAUCAAGUUGCAGUAGUGUGUUCAGCAAGAUCAUCCAAAACAAAAAGUGAAGGUACAACUUCGAGAUUAAUAAGACUGGCUGAUUUGGCUGCCGAUAAUGAAGACUUCGGUGCUCUUCUAGACAUUAUCGAAAAGGAUCACGUUGACAACUGUGGAAGUUUAGUUGAACUGGAUGCGAUUAGAUCACAAUUGAUUGAGGAUAUAAAAGCAGAGAUAAAACAUGGGCGUGAGUUACUUCAUGCGUGUCAAAUCAUCGGAGAAAUCAGUCCAAGAUCAUUGGAUUCGGUGAUGUCAAUUGGUGAAAAAUUAUCAUGUAUCUUCAUGACAGCAUUAAUGAAAGAUCACGGAUUGAAAGCUGUGUAUAUAGAUUUAUCCGACUUGAUUCCAUUGAGUUAUGAUUUCACAGAUGGAUUCAACGACGAAUUUUAUAAAUUUAUGGCAAGAGAAAUUGGUUCCAGAAUAAACCUAGCUACAGAGGGUGAUGAAGAUGUUGUUCCUGUCAUUACCGGAUACUUUGGUAUUGUCCCAGGUGGGUUACUUAAUGGGGUAGGAAGAGGGUACACGGAUUUAUGUGCAGCCUUGGCUGCCGUUGGAGUUCAAGCGGACGAGUUACAAAUAUGGAAAGAAGUGGAUGGAAUUUUCACUGCAGAUCCAAGAAAAGUACCUAAUGCCAGACUAUUAGACAGUGUGACACCUGAAGAAGCUGCAGAGUUGACAUACUAUGGAAGUGAAGUCAUACAUCCAUUCACCAUGGAACAAGUCAUCAAGGCAAAAAUUCCUAUCAGAAUCAAAAACGUCAUCAAUCCUCAUGGUAAGGGUACAAUCAUCUAUCCUGACAACAUCGCAAGACGUGGAGAAGCCACUCCACCUCAUCCACCUGCAGCGUAUGAGACUUUACCAGUCAGCUAUAUUACUUCACACAAGAGGAGAUCAGCUACAGCCAUCACUGCUAAACAAGAUAUUGUAGUUGUGAAUGUCCAUUCGAAUAAAAAGACCUUGAGUCAUGGUUUUCUUGCACAUCUUUUCACCACCUUGGAUAAGUAUAAAUUAGUGGUUGACUUGAUCUCAACUUCAGAAGUGCAUGUCUCCAUGGCCCUUUCAGUUCAAGCAGAUCAAGAGCAUCAAUUAAAACAUGCAUUUUCGGAGUUGAGCAAGAUGGGGACUGUGGAUGUGACAAGAAAAAUGACUAUUGUUUCUCUUGUGGGUAAGCAGAUGGUGAAUUUUAUUGGCAUUGCAGGAAAUAUGUUCAAAGUGUUAGCUGAUGAAAAGAUUAACAUUGAAAUGAUUAGUCAAGGAGCCAAUGAGAUAAAUAUAAGUGCAGUCAUUAAUGAGAAAGAUACCCUAAGGGCAUUACAAUCUAUCCAUGCUAAAUUAUUAGAGGGUAAUUACGUUUAUGAAGGUUCUGACAAUGGUGCAUCAGCUGUUGAUAUACGGUUAGAGGCAUUGAGAUUUGGAGAAUAA